AUGGCUAGCAAUCUCUCCAUCGCGCGGUGUAUGCGCACCUCUCCCUCGAUCUCGCGGCUCGCCAACAGCCUGCGCGCCCUCUACCUGUCCUCGUCCGCGUCGCGUCCGACCACCGCAAUCCCCCUUCCCCUCCGACCGCAGACAGACGUUCGCCAGGCUCGCUCCUUAUACCUGCCCUCAAGUACAGCAUCGAAAUGCGGCCUGUCUGUUGUAGCAAGGCCGGUGGCGAGGCCCCAAGCUGUGACAGCUCUGCAACACCAGAUCCGCGGAAUGAAAGUGCACAGCUCGAUCAAGAAGCGCUGCGAGCAUUGCAAGAUCGUGCGGCGGAAGAAGGGCAAGAGAGGAAACGGGUACCGAUACGUCAUCUGCAGCGCAAAUCCCAGGCACAAACAACGUCAAGGAUCCGCCGCAUGGCACAGCAUAGCAUACUGGAUGCGGACGGGGACACGGACGGCCGUGACCAUGGUCACGGAAAACCAUUUGAAGCACACACAUAUAGUGCACAGCAGGCGGCUCCAGGCUGUUGUACCGUCUUCAGAGACGGUCACAUUCCGUCAAUAUACCUCUCCAAUCCCUCCCACUGCGUCUUGCCCGUGGACAGGAGGUACCGAAUAUGUUGCUGUGGAGGUCUCGAUGUCUCUCAAUCUCUUGCCUCGCAAAGAGCCUCGUCUCGUUGCGGGUCUUGUGGUCGCUUAUUUUGCGGGUGCCACGCAAGACGGUCCGAUAAAGCGCCAGGACGCGGGAUCGCUGGAGGAACUGCAGGGCGUGCAGAGAGAACAUCAGCCUCGGGUGGCCAGCAUCAACCAGCACCAGCACCAGCUGGAGCCAGUGCGGAAGGCACACAUACGUACAUGA